AUGAAGUCAAACAAAAAUGUGGCUGCAGGAUAUCAUUCUAUCAGCCGGUUCGAAGCAAUGCUCUCAGCUCUCUUCGUAAUGCUCAUGGUGCUCAGCGCUGGGCUAAUUGCAGUAUCCUGGCUGGCAAUCAAGGAAUCAGAAACAAAUGCAGAACUUGGAAAAAGUCAUGAAGUCAGAGGGACAUUUACAAUAACAUCUGGAGUGACAUAUAAUCCUAAUUUACAAGACAGACUCUCCGUGGAUUUCAAAGUUCUUGCUUUUGACCUUCAGCAAAUGAUAGAUGAGAUCUUUGAAUCAAGUAAUCUGAAGAAUGAAUAUAAGAAAUCGAGGGUUUUUCAAUUUGAAAAUGGCAGCGUUAUAGUCCUUUUUGACCUUUUUUUUGCUCAGUGGGUGUCAAAUGAAAAUGUAAAAGAAGAACUGAUUCAAGGCAUUGAAGCAAACAUAUCCAGCCAACUGGUCAUUCUCCAUAUUGAUUUGAACAGCAUUGAUAUCACAGCAUCUUUGGGUAACUUCUCAACACCAUUCCCUGUUACAACUUCAGAUAAGCUGACAACCAGCAGUUCUAUGACAACUUCAGCGUCUUUGGGAAACUUCUCCACAGUGACUGCUGUAACAUCUUCAGGCAAUGUGCCAAUAGAGUGCCAACCUGACUCACGGCCCUGUGCUAACACUGGGAAUUGCAUAGCAACUGAUUUAUUUUGUGAUGGAGAAGUGAAUUGUCCAGACAGUUCAGAUGAAGACACAGAACUGUGUGCCACAGCUUGUGAUGGAAGGUUUUUGUUGACGGGAAAUUCUGGGUCUUUCCAAGCUGAUCGUUACCCUAAGCCAGAUGGGUCAGAUGGGGUUUGCCGCUGGAUCAUCAGUGUAAAUCAAGGACUUUCCAUUAGAAUCAGCUUUGGAUCUUUUAUUUCACAUUAUACAGAUGUGCUAGGUAUUUAUGAAGGUAUAGGACCCAGCAAAAUUUUAAGAGCCUCUUUUGCAGAAACUAAUCCUGGAACAAUUCGAAUUUUCUCCAACCUAGUUACUGUCACCUUUUGGAUACAAUCUGAUAAAAUUAAUUAUGUUGGCUUUAAUGCCACCUAUGACACCUUUAACAGCAAUGACCUUAGCAAUUAUGAGAAAAUCAACUGUGCCUUUGAUGAUGGCUUUUGCUUUUGGAUCCAAGAUCUCGAUGACAAUAAUGAGUGGGAAAGAAUUCAGGGGUCACGGCUUCCUCCUUUCCCAGGACCAGAUUUUGACCAUACAUUUGGGAAUUAUUCAGGAUUUUACAUUGCUACACCAGCUGAACAAGGAUGGAGAAAUGAAAGAGUGGGGCUUCUAAGUCUCCCUUUAGAGCUCACUGCGGAGCCUGGCUGCCUUCAUUUUUGGUAUUAUAUGUGUUGUGAAAAUGUCUACAACUUAAGCAUUCAUAUCAGAAGUGAUGAAACCACAGACAAGAUAGUUUUUCAAAGGAAAGGAAAUUAUGGGAAGAAUUGGAAUUAUGGUCAAGUUACAUUAAAUGAAACAGUGGAAUUUAAGGUUGUGUUCAAUGCUUUUAGAAAGCCAGGUUGGAGUACAAUAGCCCUGGAUGACAUAAGCCUAACAAAUGGAAUUUGUGCUGAGAGUCCUUUUCCAGAACCGACUUUGGUUCCCACCCCUCCACCACAGCUUCCUACUGACUGCGGGGGACCUUUUGAAUUAUGGGAGCCAAAUACAACAUUCAGUUCUCCAAACUUUCCAGAUAUCUACCCUAAUCAAGCUUUCUGUGUAUGGAAUUUAAAUGCACAAAAGGGAAAAAAUAUCCAACUCCACUUUCAAGAAUUUGAUUUAGAAAAUAUCGAAGAUGUGGUUGAAGUGAGAGAUGGGGGAGAAGUUGACUCCUUGCUCUUAGCUGUGUACACAGGCCGUGGCCCUAUGAAGGACGUGUUCUCUACCACCAACAGAAUGACUGUACUUUUCAUGACAAGCAUAAGUGGGGCAAGAAAGGGCUUCAAAGCGAAUUUCACGACAGGAUAUUACUUGGGGAUUCCAGAGCCCUGCCAGGAUGGCGAAUUUCAGUGUAAAGAUGGAAAGUGUAUUCCAGUGGAGAAUCUCUGUGAUGGACACACACACUGUACCGAUGGCUCGGAUGAAGACCGCUGUGUGCGUUUCCUCAAUGGCACAAUGAGCAAUAAUGGUUUGGUACAGUUCCAAAUCCACAGCGUCUGGCAUGUAGCUUGUGCUGAACAAUGGACCACAGAAGUUUCAGAUGAAGUUUGUCAUCUACUGGGACUAGGGAGUGCAAACUCAUCAAUGUCAACAUUCUCUACUGGAGAUGGACCAUUUGUGAGAGUAAGCAGAGCCCCUAAUGGCAGCCUGACACUGACACCCACUCUACAGUGUUCACAAGAUUUCUUGAUUCUCGUACACUGUAACCGUAAAUCAUGUGGAGAAAGAAUGGUGACCCAGGAAGUCAACCCAAAGAUCGUCGGUGGAAGUGACACGCAAGCAGGGUCAUGGCCCUGGGUGGUGGCUCUGUAUUACAGGGAGAGUAACCGUGACAAGCUCCACUGUGGUGCAUCACUCAUCAGCAGUGAAUGGCUGGUGUCUGCUGCACACUGUGUCUACAGAAGAAAUUUAGAUCCAACCAGGUGGACAGCAUUCCUGGGCCUGCAUAUGCAAUCAAAUCUGACUUCUCCUCAAGUAGCAAGACGGGUGAUCGAUCAAAUUAUCAUAAACCCUCAUUAUGAUAAGCGAAGAAAGUUCAAUGACAUUGCUAUGAUGCACCUUGAGUUUAAAGUGAAUUACACAGAUUAUAUACAGCCUAUUUGUUUACCAGAAGAAAAUCAAAUAUUCAUUCCAGGGAGAAUGUGUUCAAUUGCUGGCUGGGGAUAUACCGAAAUUCAAGGUUCUACUGUUGAUGUCCUGAAAGAAGCCGAUGUUCCUCUUAUAUCCAAUGAGAAGUGUCAACAACAGCUGCCAGAAUAUAACAUCACAGAAAAUAUGAUAUGUGUGGGAUAUGAAGAAGGAGGUAUAGACACUUGUCAGGGUGAUUCGGGAGGACCGUUAAUGUGCCAAGAAAACAACAGGUGGUUUCUUGUUGGUGUGACAUCAUUUGGAGUCCAAUGUGCACUGCCUAAUCGCCCUGGGGUAUAUGCCCGGGUCUCAGGGUUUAUUGAGUGGAUACAAAGUUUUCUACAUUAG